AUGUCCCAGCCCCUGUAUCUCAUCGCCGGUGCAACCGGCGCAACCGGACGCUUCACCACCUCUACCUUGCUGAACUCAGGUCAGAGAGUUCGAGCAUUGGUGCAUAAGGAAGACCAACGUUCAGAAUCGCUAAAAGAGCAAGGAGCAGAAAUUGCUGUGGGCGACCUCCUGAACCUAGAUCAGAUCCGCUCCGCUCUGGAGGGCGUGACGGGGGCAUAUUUCGUUUAUCCUUUCGCUCCCGGUCUUGUUGAAGCGGCCGCCUUUUUCGCCCAAGCAGCAAUCGAAGCAGGCGUCACCUCCAUUGUCAACAUGUCACAAAAGCCAGCUCGUCUUCAAUUGGUCGGGGAUUCCCACAACCCAUAUUCGUCCAACUUUUUUUUUGCCGAGUGGCUGACCUAUCCAAUGGAUGGUUUCAACGUGAAGAAGGGGACCAUCGAAUUCCCCUUUGAUGACGCAAGUCAUGCGCCUAUCGCCGCCGAAGACCAAGGACGUGUGAUUGCUGCUCUGCUUCAGAGUCCCAAAGGACACGCGGGAAAAAUCUAUCCGCUCUACGGCCCCGAAGAACUGAAUCAUGACCAGAUCGCCGAAAAGCUGACACGUACGCUCGGCAGGCCGUUCGUGUACAAACCUCUGAGCAUCCCGAACUUUGUGGCGCGCCUGGAGAAAAGCGGCAUGCAUCCGCGUCUGGUGCAACAUCUACGCGUCGUCGCUCAAGACUACAAGGACGGAGUAUUUGCUGGAACGAAUUCAGUUGUCGAGGACCUCACUGGGCGCAAACCUCUCUCGGUAGAGCAGUUCGCUGUAGCGAAUCGAUCUAAGUUCGAGGUGUGA